UGUCAUAGCCCCUCCAUGUCAAAACUGUCAACGCUGUCAACCGUCCCAGCCCCGCCAUUGUUUAUUGUUGAAAUUUUUAUUUUUUUAAUUAUUGGAAAUUGGUUUAUUAGCUAUGGAAGAUAAAAGUGAAAUCAAGAAAGAGUUUACUGAAUAUGACCAAACAUGUAUAGAAGGUCAUCUAUCGCCAUCAGUAGGUCUCAAAAACUUUAAAAAUGAACCAAAGGAAGAUCAUCCAGCUAUAGAAGUUAAAGUUGAAAAGGGAGAGGUUGCAGAAUAUGACCAAAGAGCAUUACAUAAUCUGUCUACAUCAAUAGAUCUUACACAUUUUAAAAAUGAACCCAAGGGAGAUCACCCAGCUAUGGAAGUUAAAGUUGAAAAUGAAGAGGUUGCAGAAUUUGACCAAAAAGAUAUAGAUAAUCUGUCCACAUCAAUAGAUCUUAAAGACUUAAAAGAUGAACCUGAGGAAAAUCAACAAGGUUGUUUACAAAAUAAGAACAAAAUGAAAAUUAUGAAAACACCUGAAAAUUCAUCUCCGAAGAUUUGGGUCGAUACGCCGAAGAAAAAACUAAAUAUCAAAGUUCAAACUGGAAAAGUACCUUACACGUGUACAAUUUGUUUAAAACAAUUUUCUCAGCGAUAUAAUCUGAACAUACAUUCAAGAAUACAUAUUAAAGAAAAACCUUAUAAGUGUAAUAUUUGUUUUAAGCAAUUUACUCAAGCAAGUGCUUUAAAAUCACAUUUGAGAACCCAUACUGGAGAAAAGCCUUUUAAGUGUGAAAUUUGUGUUAAGCAAUUUACUCAAGAAGGUAAUUUGAAAACACAUUUGAGAGUGCACACUGGAGAAAAGCCUCACAAAUGUGGAAUUUGUUUGAAACAAUUUACUGAUGCAAGUAGUUUGAAAACACAUUUGAGAACCCAUACUGGAGAAAAGCCUUAUAAGUGUGAUAUUUGCUGUAAACAGUUUACUGAGGCAACUCGUUUGAAAAGACAUUUGAGAGUGCACACUGGAGAAAAGCCUUACAAGUGUGAUAUUUGCUUUAAACGGUUUACUGAGGCAAGUAAUUUGAAAAAACAUUUGAGAACACAUACUGGAAAAAGGCCUUACAAAUGUGGAAUUUGUUUGAAACAAUUUACUGAUGCAAGUAGUUUGAAAACACAUUUGAGAACCCAUACUGGAGAAAAGCCUUAUAAGUGUGAUAUUUGCUGUAAACAGUUUACUGAGGCAACUCGUUUGAAAAGACAUUUGAGAGUGCACACUGGAGAAAAGCCGUACAAGUGUGAUAUUUGCUUUAAACAGUUUACUGAGGCAAGUUAUUUGAAAAAACAUUUGAGAGUGCACACUGGAGAAAAGCCUUACAAGUGUGAUAUUUGCUUUAAACGGUUUACUGUUGCAAGUAAUUUAAAAAAACAUUUGAGAACACAUACUGGAAAAAGGCCUUACAAAUGUGGAAUUUGUUUGAAACAAUUUAUUGGUUCAAGUAAUUUGAAAACACAUUUGACAACCCAUACUGGAGAAAAGCCUUAUAAGUGUGAUAUUUGCUUUAAACAGUUUACUCAGACAGGUAAUUUGAAAAAGCAUAUAUUGAUUCACACUGGAGAAAAGUCUUAAAAGAGUGAUAUUUGUUUUAAGCAAUUUACUCAAGAAAGGGAUCCAAAGGCAGAAAUGAGCGUGGACAAACACUACUAGAAUUUUUAUUACAACAAAAUCUAUACCAUUUGAAUAGUUUCUUCUCUAAAAAAGAUAGUCAAAUAAGUAGUUUGAAAAAACAUUUGAGAUCACAUACUGGAAAAAAGCCUUAGAAAUGUGAAAUUGGUUUUAAACGAUUUACUGAUGCAAAUACUUUGAAAACACAUUUGAAAACCCACACUGGAGAAAACCCUUAUAAGUGUGAUAUUUGCUUUAAACAGUUUACUAAAAAUUUACUUUGAAAUCGCAUAUGACAAAACUGGUGAGAGACCUUACAAGUUUGAAAUUUUUUUGAAGCAAUUAUGUAGCGAUAAACUACUAUAUUACUUGAAAUAUGUAUUAUUGACAAAUAAUAUUUCAAUCAACUAUGAUAGUUGAUUUGACCCUAGCCUAGCUCAGAUUCCCAAGGUGUGUGUUCGUCUUGUCCUAAUCAAAAAUAUGGACGAUGAGGAUCUGGAUUGGAAGCAAACAAAACAAUAUUUUAACUAAUCAUGUUAUUUUUCAAUAAAGAUAUAAUAAAAUAUGGCUUAUUAAAUUCAAUGGCAUAUACAGUGAGCACGUAAAGGUUGAAAUAAAUUCAUUUUCUCGAGAAUGGACGACUUUGGAAAAAAAUCCCGAAACAAGUCAAUUUUUAUGUUUAAAUUACGACUUUUUGGCAUAUAUAUCAUUAGAUUUAGAUUAGAUUAUGUGAGGUCGUUAAGGCUAUGGAGCCUCUCAGCACUUCGACCUAUAAAGAUCUUUUGUGCAUACGUUAAUCUAGUUAAACUCUAGGAUGCCAAUACUUCCGAUGAAAUUGAUUAGCAUCCUAGGUGACUUGUUUCCUAUGUCAGAGGCCGUUAGGGUGACCUCUUCUAGGAAUUUUAGUCGUUUGCAGAACAGAACAAUUGCAUAUAAUGUGUUUGUCACAUUUUUCGUUGUCACAGAAACGACAGUUCUCACUAUCUGAUUUGCCCAUUUUUUGAGAUGAUAUCUCCGAGGGCAGUGACCAGUGAGAAGGCCAGUGGCCAUUUUUAUAUCUUUUUUACUCAUUUAGAGAAGGCGGUUCGUUGCACUAGGCGACACCUUUAUGAGCCUUUUUGCUUGCCUUUGUCCUGGUGUGUUGGACCAGUAUAGUUGUAGUUGAUUGAGUUCCCAGGUCCGGAGUUCCUGUCUGAUGUGGCUUUUUGGUAGUCCACAGAAGGGUUCUGGACCUUGGUUUAAACAAAAUAAAAAUGUUUCCUUUGUUUUUCUGUGUACCAAAAUAUUAUCUUACAAUAAUACCCCACGUUGGGCGCUCAAAGUUGUGUUUAAGGUCGACAAAUACUCUAUUUUGGCAGUGGCGGCUCGUCAGAGGAGGCAAGGGAGGCUCAGCCUCCCAUAAAUUUUUUACACACUCUACACUGUUUUGUUUAUCAUGAAUCGCGAAAACAACAAGUACAACUCUCACUAUUAUACAACGUGUAAAUUCCAUAUUAUCACUAAUUAUCCAUACGUACGGAGCAUUAGCAUUAGAACGCAUGAUCGCGUCUCAGUUUUAUUACAUAUUAUUGUAGGCAGGACCCUAGGUUAUCUCGAGAUGCAUGAACGGAGCACGGAGCCGAGAAGCCCAACAGUCUCCGUUGCUAAGGCUCCGUGCAGCGCAGGUCUCCUAACAGUGGCAUCUACGGUGCCAUCACACGCUGCCCGGAGAUAUACCAAGGGAGGCAGAAUAGCUUGUCGGCUUCGUUGCGUGGUUGCGUGCGUCUCGGGACAACGAAUUUUAGGGUCCUGACUAAAAAUAAUGAAAAAUCUAAAAGUGCGAAUUUUGUUAUGAAAUUUGGUAUGUGGGGUUAUAAUAAUAUUUGGAACAACUUGCUCAAAUAACUUUUUCCGAUAUCUCUAACUCAAAGCAAAAUAUCGGUAAUUUAUGGUGUUUUUGAAUUCGCAGUAGGCCGCGUUUAGAAUUAAAAAAAUUCAGUUGAGUAUCUUAAAAAAUUUGAAGCUUCGUUAUGUAUGGACUGCAAAACUUCAAAUCUGUAUUUAUUUUGAUAUGCGAGGUAUCUAUUUACAAAUAGAUGGAAUUGUUAACAAAUAAACGACACAAACUUUGGUAUUAAACUUUUACAAUUAGACUAACUAUUUUUAAAAUGAUAUGAUAUCAUGAAAUUAUGAAUUAGGAUGAUAUUAUGAAAUGUAAAUAAAAAAUGGGGCCUUAAAUUACAUUUUUUGGCGCAUUUUUUUGCUAGUGCAAAUUUGUCUAGAUAUUUUACAGUUAGUAAACUGUAAACGCCACUGUAUUUUGGCUUUUUUUUAUUAUUAAUUAAACGCUUUUAUUUAGUUCAAUCUUUUGCAUCAAAUAUUUAGACGUUAAAUUGACUGCCUUUUCUUCAAUGCAAAUGAAUCAAAUUUUGCAGACAUAUGCAUUUGCGGGAACAAUAACGAAUAGUCGAUAAAAAAAAUUUUUGUGUGGUUAUGAAUUGUUUAAAUAAAAAAAACGAUUUUAAUGGAAAAAGCUUAAAUUCUCUUGUUUUUUACAAUGCAGAGACUUGAAACUUUUACAGAUUGUACCUAGUUAUAUGAACUAUACAUAAUUUCACUUUUUACGUUAAUUGUUUACGUUAUGCUUCAUACAUAAACAAUAAAGUUUAAAAUUUAUCCAGUUUCUGUCCGAUUUCUAUCCAGUUUUCAGCGAAAAAAAGUUAUGGCACUGCAGAGGGACGAAUGCUGCCCUUAGUACUGUCGUGGACUGUCCAUAAAACGCAAGGUUCGACUGUUGACUACGCUGUCGUGAACUUGGCCCCGAAAGUGUUUGCGUAAGACAGGCUUAAAAGCCUGCAUUGUGCCUGCAAAGCUUACGUUGCAUUGAGCCGAGUGCGAUCAUUAAGGUACGUAUCCAUAUAAGGGUGAACCCCGCUGCUCAAAUGGAUACGGCAUGCGCUCCCUUACAUAUAAACCGCAAACCGGUGGAGGGAAUCCACUAUGUGGAGCUACUACACCGAGCGAGGUUUACUUUUGUAUGGAUACGUACCUUUAGACGGCUUGCGCGACGAAGAACUGCAUUGCGAGAAAUUAACAGGGUCUACACCGUAUAAUAGUAAAGUAUUAGAAGAGAUGGAAAGACUGCGAAAACUGUAAUAGGUGUAAAUAAUGAUUUUGAUUCAAGAAAUGUAUGAAGAAAUUACAGAAAAUUUACAAUAUAUGUAUCAAAAGUUGAAAUAAAUGCAAAAAAUGUAUCUGUCAUAUACUUACAUCCUUUUCUUAACAUGACGAUAUAUUUUAAUGUUUGAAAAGUAUAAGACU